AUGCCUCGCGCUCCUGCCAAGGGUAAACAAGUGGUGGAAGAAGUCCCUGAUAAGGAUGCUGUGGCUCCUCCCCCUAUGGAGCCAGUUGUUCCAGUCCCUGCUGAAGGCAGUGCCGCUCUUGGAAAGGGCCCGGUGUUGUCUACUGCUGCUGUCGCGGGAAGCUCUGGCCUCUCACCUGCAGAGAAGGCUUCGACGUCGCCGCAACUCUCUACUGAUGGCUUCCUGGAGGAUGACUCGGACGAAGAGCUGGACAUUGAUGUCCAGCAGGAGGCUGCUGCGCGUCUAAGGUUCACGGCCAUCCUACUGAUCCCUUUCUCGCUGAAGAAUGAAAUGGGUACCAUCAUCAACAUGGUGUGGGUUCUGCUUCGGAAGGUCUGGGCUCCGUCUCUCUCUCCUGGUGCUGUUGACUCGGCCUCGGUGCAAACCCUCUCAGCGAAGUACAUCGCGAAGCAGCAUUUCUGCCGUCUUCAAGUUUCGUUCCUGCAAGAAGAGGAUGCUGCUGCGGUCAGGCUGAAAGUGGUUGAGUAUCAGCGGCCGAAAGGAAAGAUCACCCUUUUCUGGCUGCAUACCGAAGACCCGGCAUACAUGAAGGAAAAAGCUUCUAACCCAGCAAUUAUUGAGCUUUAUUUCAAGGAUGUCCCGGCUAAUGUCUCACCUGACCUGUUGAAAGAUUUGCUGUGCCGCUACGCCCUGAAGAUCCGCAAAGUGCCGGCUUUUGCUAAGGGUCUCUGCUUUCACCGCGUGUCUCAUCCCGUCACGGGAGCGGAUACGGACACAGUGAAAGGUCUGGUGAUCGCUCACCCAGAUCCACGGAUUGAUAAGUCAUCGAAGGUGGGAUCAGCGCGAGAAAACCAAAAACUCCUGGACAUCCUGUCGUUGCUCAACUUACAGGAUGCCUUCAGGACGCUUCAUCCAACCAAGCGGGAGUAUACCUUUUACGCGCACUCGGUGAAGGAGCGCACUCGCAUUGAUAGAGCACUGGUAUCGCAGUCGCUUCUUCAUAAGAUUGGGGAUGCGUACCACUCAUCUGUUCCCCAUGGUAUCUCGGAUCACUGGUAUGCGAUAUCACUGGAACUCUCCGUGGAGGUUGAUGGUGGUAAAGGACCGGGACUGUGGCGGAUGCACGCGUCCCAAGCCAAGAGUCCGGGUAUCAGGAAGAGGAUUGGCCUAGUCCUUGAGGAGCAGGAAGAUCUGCAGCUUCACGAUUUCUCACAGCUGCUGGUCAAACUGCAAGCGAGCAUCAGAGCGCACUCGAGGGAAGAGAGGAGGCGUGUCAAAAAAACAGUUUUAAGUUUAGAGGAGGCGGUGACACGGCUGGAAUAUGAGUUCAUGAAUGGAACGGGGGAUACGGAGAGCUACGAGCAGCUGGUGAAGUACGGGUCAAUGCUCAAAGCUUACCGAGAAAGGCAGCGGUCGCAGCUGCAGACUAUGGCGGGUGCUCAACAGGAGGUCUUCGGGGAAAUUUCCUCCAAAGUUCUUUCUGGACGGAUUGUGACGAGGAAGGCGCAAACGGUGAUAGAGGAAGUCACCUACAAGGGAGAGUGCUUUGCUGGGGAAAGAGAAGUACUUACCGCAGCUUCAAGGUACUUUACAGAGGCUUUUGCUGCGCAAGAGGGCGUGGUGAAGGAAGCUUGGCGUGUUGACCCGAACAAGGUCCUUGGGGUGCUGGAAAAAGAGAUGCUGAGGGCCUCCUGGUCGGAAGAAGAGGUUUUGGCGGCGAUCAAGCAGCUACCGAAAGGAAAGGCGCCGGGGUUGGAUGGUCUCCCCAAGGAGUUCAUUGAGGAGAACUGGGACAUGAUUGGCCGGCCUUUCCUUCGUUUCAUCAAGGAGUUUGAAGCCUCUGUGGCGCUCCCGUCGCAAAUGACAACGGCGGUGACCAUACUGCUGCACAAGAAAGGGGACAAGGGGAAAUUAGAAAACUACAGACCCAUAACGCUACUAAGUGCAGCAUACAAAAUCGUGGCGAAAGUGCUGGCGAACAGAAUCAAGAAGGUUUUACCGAUGGUGAUCUCGGAGCACCAGUAUGGUUUCAUACCAGGAAGGAAGCUGGCAGAUGCAGUCAACGUUGUGGCUGAUGUGGUCGACGCGGCAGCAGCGGGGAGAGAAGAUUGGUACCUUCUCUUGGUCGAUUUUCAGAAAGCGUAUGACUCAAUCUCCAGAGACUACAUGUUUCAGACUUUGGAGCGCAUGGGUUUCCCGGAAGAAUAUGUGAACUGGACGAAGGGUCUGCAUGAUCAGUCGGGAACGCAGCUGCUGAUCAACGGAUGGUUGGGAGAACGGGUGGGGAUGGAGAGAGGAGUGCGCCAGGGCUGUCCGCUAGCACCCUACCUCUUCAUCUGCGCAGCUGAGCCACUCAGUCAGGAGAUAAAGAGACGGCGGCUGGGUGUAUGGAAGCGUGGAAUCGGUGAUGUGGCAUAUUUGGGAUAUGCGGAUGAUACGACGGUGGUGCUGAACAGGAAAGAGCAAGUUGGAAGAGCGUGUGAGCUGCUGGAGGAGUUUGGUGAGCUGUCCGGGCUCAAAGUCAACAAGGAUAAGACGGUGGUUGUCCCGCUGGGGAAGAAUCAGGACGUACCUCCACCGGCAGAUGCGCCUUACCCCUGGGCAGGAAAAAAUGAGCCGCAGAGGUUGCUGGGUGUCUGGAUAACGCCGGGUGGAGACCCGACGCCGUCAUGGGAGAAGGCGGCUGACAGAGCAGGGGAGGUGAUGGUGAAGUGGCAGAAUCAGCACAUUAAUAUAUCGACGCGUGUCACGGUGCUCAACUCGUAUGCCACGCCGAUUCUCCUCUUCCAAGCUCAAGUCUAUCCACCUCCCCGGGGGACAUGGAAAGAGUUCCGCGCGACCAGUCACAACUUCACGUCCAGUGGGAAGGCAUCGGGUGACCGACAUUUCGUCCUCUGGAGCGGGGACCUGGCCUACACGAGCAAGAAAGAGGGGGGACUGGGGGUCAUUAAUCCAACGGUCCGGAUGGAGUGUAGCUCUGUGACGGCGCGGUGGGCGCUGAAGGCAUGGAAAGCGGCGCCGGACGAAUGGAAAGCGGCACUGCUGGAAAAACUGACAGGCGAAGAGGUGCUGAAAACAACUCGAUUUGCCAGCACGUGCUCCUUGGCAGGGAGAGAGAUGUACUGGCAACUAAUAGCACGUGACGGCGACGAGAUUCUUGGCAAAUCAGCUGCGGUGGGGAAGAAAGGAGAGGUGCUGCUAUCAGACAGGGCUGGUCAGGUGCGGCUUGCGGUACACAGGCUAACCCCGCUGGUGGUGGAAAAUGGGGUGCUGAUGGGGGAAGCGGGCCUUCCUCUCACACGGCUCAGGACGUCGGUGCUAUGUGCGAAGGGCAAAGGCGCUCCUCUGAAAAAGUUGAGAGCGGAGCUGAGAGGGCCAGUCGAACAGCCGAAGCAGCAGAAGAAGUGGGAGCAGGAGUAUGGGAAGCCGAUUGACUGGAAGGAGUCUAUCAGGAAACGGGACACACUGGUCACUCCGGGCAGGGCAAGAGAAGUCAUUCUGAGGUUGCACAGUAAGAACCUCCAAGUUGGCGACAGGUUACACUUCAUGCGUGAUCGCAUCAGCUGCCCGCACUGCAAGGAAGAUGAAACCCUAGGACACUGUUUGCUGGAGUGCGACAGCAUACAACCUGUCAUUGGCGCGCUUAAAGGGGCGUUGAAGCAGAUGAAUCCGACAAGGGAGGUGGAAAGGCUGGAGGACUUUCUGUUUGCCGCAGAUGGCACGUCAUCUGGCUUCCCUGAAAAGCCGCUGAUUGCGGUGGCUUUCCAUCAGAUAUGGCUCGAGCGGUGUGAGGCAGCUUUCCGGCAGGACAAGUUUCAACCGCGGAGAGUCCUCAGGAAGAUUGGGGUGAAUUUUAUGAAACACGUCAGAAUCUACAGUACCUACAAGAAACAAGCGACAAAAGAGGAGGCAAGUGGGGCGGGACAAUGCUGGCCCCAUCUGGCGAGGGACGAGGCUAUGCUGUUGAGCCGGAUUUUUCAGGACGAGGACACGCUGACGUGGAAGGAGGAGUUCAGAUCGGUUUGGGCCAACCCGAGAACUGUCUUUCACCCACCUUAG